AUGGCCUUUCAGGAUCUCCUGGAUCAAGUUGGCAGCCUGGGGAGAUUCCAGAUCCUUCAGAUGACUUUCAUUUUGAUCUGCAAUGUCAUAAUGGCCCCUCAUUCUCUACUGGAGAACUUCACUGCAGCCAUACCCAGUCAUCGAUGCUGGGUUCCCAUCCUUGACAAUGACACUCUCUCUGAUAAUGAAAGUGGGAUUCUGAGCCAAGAUGACCUCCUGAGGGUCUCCAUCCCCCUGGACUCCAACCUGAGACCAGACAAGUGUCAUCGUUUUGUCCAACCACAGUGGCAUCUGCUUCAUCUAAAUGGCACCUUCUCCAAUGUGACAGAGGCAGACAUAGAGCCCUGUGUGGAUGGCUGGGUGUAUGACCAGAGCCCUUUCCUCUCUACCAUUGUGACUGAGUGGGACUUGGUGUGUGAAUCUCAGUCGCUGGAAUCAAUAGCUAAGUUUCUAUUCUUGACUGGUAUGUUAGUAGGAAAUAUCAUCUAUGGCCGCUUAACGGACAGGUUUGGGAGGAGGUUACUCUUCAUAUGUGCUUUACUGCAAACAGCUGUCACUGAAACCUGUGCAGCAUUUGCCCCCACCUUCCUCAUCUACUGCUUACUACGUUUCCUGGCAGGGGUUUCCUUCUCAACUUUUUCUACAAAUAGUGGCUUGCUCAUAAUAGAAUGGACAAAACCUAAAUUCCAAGCCAUGGCAACAGCACUGUUAUUAUGCGCUGCAGCGACUGGACAGGUAACAUUGGCAGGCCUGGCUUUUGCUGUUCAAUCCUGGCACCACAUCCAGCUGGCACUGUCUGUACCAAUGUUUUUCUUACUUGUACCCACAAGGUGGAUGUCAGAGUCAGCUCGGUGGCUGAUUGUGAUCAACAAACCUCAAAAGAGCUUAAAGGAACUUAGAAAAGUUGCACACAUAAAUGGAAUGAAGAAUUCUGGAGACAUCCUAACCAUGGAGGUUGUAAGAACCACCAUGAAGGAUGAGCUGGAGGCCUCACAAACAAAAUCUUCCCUGUGGGACUUGUUCCGUACACCCAACCUGCGCAAGCGGAUGUGCCUCCUGUCUCUUGUGAGAUUUCUGACAUGGAUAUCUGUGUUUGGCCUGCUGAUCAACUUCCAGCACCUGAGGACUAAUGUCUUCCUACUGCAGUGUCUUCUUGGUGUAAUCACCAUUCCAGCCAAUUUACUUGGAAUUUUUUUACUGAAUCACAUGGGCCGUAGAAUGAGUCAAUUGUUUACCAUAUCCCUGCUUGGAAUUUCCAUUUUGGCCAUAAUAUUUGUGCCUGAAGAAAUGCAGAUCCUGCGUAUGGUUUUGGCAACUUUGGGAGGAGCAUUUUCUUUUGUCUCUGUUGGUAAUACUCUUGUGCAUGCAAAUGAGCUACUCCCCACCACAAUCAGGGCAACUGCUUUAGGAAUCAUUGGAAUUUCUGGAAGUAUUGGGGCAUCCUUGUCUCCUUUGUUUAUGAUCCUCAAGACAUACUUUGACUCCUUACCCUGGAUCAUCUAUGGGGUCCUCCCCAUCCUUGGUAGUCUUGUUGUCCUUCUUCUUCCUGAGACCAAGAAUCAGCCUCUGCCUGACUCCAUACAAGAUGUGGAAAAUGAAGGGAGAAUCUUCAGACAAGUAAAGCAAAAAGAUACUUUCAUCAAAGUGACACAGUUUUAAGGAACUCCAAGAAUGGAAUCUGAUCAAGAAGCAAGACAAGAAAAAUAUCACUAAUGUUUAUGAUGAUCCAAGAUCACUCUGAAUAUAGCAAACAUUUUUCAGCAAAUAAUAAUAUAGUAGAUAAUUUGUAUUAAAAUUAACAUUGCCAUA